AAUAUCAUUGCCGGCAGUAAAUCAAUAUAUAAUUUAUUUUGUCCUAUUAGUUUACGCGAUAUAGAGUUAAAAAUAUUAAUUGUACAUAUUAUUUAAAUACCAAUUAGAUUGUAGAUAGCAUGUGAGAUAAGAUUCGCUUGUUAGCAGGUGUUACCGUAAUAAAUAAUUCUUACUUAUUUAAUUGAUAAAGAUAGAGUUAUUUCGAAUAGUUAUGUUUCUCCAUUUACUAUGAGUUGCAAUGUAGUGAUUGAUUUAUCACACGAAUCUGCUGAUGAGGACUGUCAAAUUAUAGAUUAUAGAGAAGCUACCUUAUCUUAUGAUGACCUAUACAGGGAAAGUCCACCUAUACUAGCCCAAUUUUUCGAACAAUGUUUAUCAUUAGACAACUCUCAGGGUAUGAUGAAAGUUCUGUAUAAAUCAUUACUAAAACCAUAUCAAAGGGCCACAGAUGAGUACAAGACAUCAAAUAAAUUUCAAAAUGCUAUUAAUCAUGCAGAAACUUUAAUAAAAACAGAGCCUUUACGAAAAUACUCACAUAUCAAAUACUUGUGUGAGGAAUUGUGGGGCGCUAAGGCUAAGAAGAGAGCUAAUUUAGUUACUUUGGAUAAAGCAGGAAAAAGAAAAGGAGAAUUUUUUGGAGAGAGAGGAAAGAGAAAAAUACCAUGUGUUAUAAAUAGUAAUGAUAGUAAUAUAAUAAAUUUAGAUGAAAUAGAGGAUACAAUUGUUAUUAGAGAUGAUAAAGAAAAUGAAGACCAAAACCAAGAUCAAGUAGCAACAAACUUGUUGGAAGUCAAUUAUAGUGUGGCCAUUCCGGAAGAGAUUAUAAAUGAGAGUGAAAUUUUAGCAUACCAGAAGCUGUUAAGGGAAACACAGAUCAAGGAGAGGAUUAAGUUAUAUGAGACUGAAAUUUCAAAGUUAAAAUUAAAAAUAGAUAAAUUAGAAGAGCAAGAAGUCAAACUUCAUGAUACCUCUUCAGCAUAUAUUAGAAGUGAAAAACUGAAAGCUAGAGUUGUUCAAUAUUAUAAAAAACUGUGUGAAUUAACUGGUGCUGAAGUAGUAAAACGCAGAGAAGUUACACUUAAAAUUAGAGAUGGAAAAUGUGCAUCAACUGUGAAAGUACUUGAGGAUUUUCUAAAUAGCAACAUUGGUGAUGAUGGCUAUCCACCAUUUCCUAAUUUCAAUGAUGUAUUAAAAUGUGUUGUAUUGGCCAAUGAUAAGUAUAAUCUGGGUUGGGAUCAUUUAAAAAUAGGAAAUGAGGCUAAAGGACUGUUUAUUCAAUGUGGGCGUACCUUACAAGCAUUGAGACAAAAACGAGAAUGGAUAGACCUGAUAUCCAGAGUGAAAGAAGAUAUUGAUGAUCCUGCAGAUCGGGAUGCAGACUUGUCAGCUAAACUAGAGGCAAAUAGGAAACUGGGAAUCAAGAAUGAAUCUGAGUUAUUGGAAAGAUAUGCUAAAAUGGAGAAUCAAGUUCAUUCAUCAAAGAUGGUUGAACCAGGGACUUUGUAUGAUAUUGAAAUGAAAGAACAUAGCAGUAGUUCAGAUGAAUAUUUCGAUAAUCAUAAUAACACUGAGAAGAACAAAGCUAAUAAUGAAUUAGAUUUAGAUAGAGCCAGUGAAGUAAUAGCAGAAAGUGAAUUGAAAAUUAAAAAUGAAAUUAAAUUAGAACAAUCUGAUAUAAUAGAAAAAUUGGAGGCUCUUGGCGAUGAUUUUACUACAAGUGUAUUUGAUAUUGAAGAUCCAUUCCUGGUUGUUGAGAUUUCAUCAGAUACUGAUGAUGAUGAUGAUGUUAAUGUUAUAGAGAAUAGUUCAAAAUCAACUGAUGGAUCUUAGAACACCUUUGCAAGAUAUUUUUCAAAAGAAUAACAUUUACACAGAUUAACAAAAUAUACUCAGAUGGAGUAAUCUAAAACACAAGGUGAAGUCGUGUAAUAUUUAUGUGCGUAGUGACAUUUUUGGGACACAUACAUCUUUCUGUGUGUGUGUGUAAUGUUGCUAGAUGUUUGGGAAAAAAUCGCAAUUAUUUUUGGAACUAAUGUCUCGCACUAUUAGUACACAUUAUUUAGAAUACUGGUCACUAAACAAAAAAAUAAUAAUAAUACAAGUUAAAUGGGAUACCUUUACCUGAUUAUGUCUCUCUUUAGGUCCAUUUAUAAAAUAAAACAAUAAUUAUUGUCUUUAUUUAUUUUAUAUAUUUAAAAUAGUAAAUUAUAUAUAGAUAUUAAGUUUGAACUUGGCACUGGCUAUAACGAUUUAUAUGAAAUUUUGUAUUAAGAUAGGGUGAAGUGAAAUUUCUUUACGCGCAUGAGGGUGUAUUACCCUGGUAGUUACGGUUGAAACGCAAUAAAAUGACACGAAAAUAUGGGACGUUUGUAUCCAAGAAGAGGGAGGGAGCUAUUGAGAGAGAGUGAGAAAGGGCGAACGUAGCAUGAAGCACAUAGCCAUGGAUCGAGAAUAGGCAAUUAGGCAAUUCUGUCGCAUAAUGUCUUGUCACAGAUCUUUUUAUUUAUUAUAUAGUGCGUAAACCUUGAAUUAAAUUUAUAAAUAUUUUGUGAUAAAUUUGUAAUUCAUUCAAUUCAUUAAUUAUAGUAAUACUAAGCAGGACGUGUUCAGAGUAAGUUAAUAUAUGUAUUUGUUAUCUUUUUAAUUUACAAUUUUUUAUGUUAAUUCGUUUGAAGGUUAGGAGAUUCCAAUAUUUACAAAUAACAUGUGUCAUUUUAAUUUGCCACUCGUCAUUUGAGAAUUCCACAUACUGUUUUUCAUAAAAUAUAAAAUAUUUAAUACAUUCCUUUUUUCUAUAUUGACCAAUAAAAUUAGAUUUAGAGAACAGAUUAAACCGGAUUUAAAUUAGUUUGCCAAAGAAGUUUCACUUCUGACACGUGUACUUUGUAUAUACGCAUUUUUUUUGCUAAUAAUGUAACUAGCAAUAUUAUUUGUAACACCAAAAUUUUAUACAAAAAUAUUUAACUUAAUCUCCAUAGUAUUGCAGUGGUACUUGUAUUAUAAUUUGGAAGAUUUAGUUACAGACAGACAGAUGGGUACUUUUCUUACUUUUAUUGUUGAUGGUUUUAAUUGGCCCUCAGUCGCUUUUGAUGUGCAAAAUGCCAUAAAAGUGGCAAGAAACUCAUUGCCACUCUUUUUGUUACUUUAGCUACGUAUAUUCCUAUAACGUUAACUUUAAUUCAAGGCAUACUUUUUAAUAAAAUAAGGGUUAAUCGGGAAGUGAAUAAAAAUAAACUUGCAAUAUUUAUUUAUUCAUUACAGUGUUGGUGUGUCGAAGUCAUAAUUAUAUAUAAACAAUAAAAAAAAAUAUAUAAAUAAUAGUACCCUAUGGAAAUGAUAUUCCAUUUUCAUUAUAUUAUUUUUGGAAACAACUGUAAGGCCCGAUAUCCACCAAAGCGGAGAGAAGCGGAGAUGAUUUUGAUAACCAAUUAGAUUUCGUUAUUUCCACAUCUCCUCAUGAAAUGGAUCAAGCGGAGAGAAGAAGAGAUGUCUCAUUUGUUUAUAGAAUUGUGUGCCGCGUCGUGCGCUCGCGCGACCUUUCGCCGCGCCUCGCACACCCGAAAGCGUUACUAUAAAGUUAUAAACACAGCUCACAUGUCUCCGCUCUGGUGGAAAUAACCUGACAGAAGCGCGUUUUAUCUCCUCUCCUCUCCGCUUCUAGUGGAUACCGGGCUUCAUAUGUUAUUAUGUUAUUUAUGUUUGAUGAUACAAGACGGCUUUUUUUAUCAUCAUAAAACUAUUAGUAUCGUGUAGUGUAAACAAUGCGACUCGUAGUGUAGUAAUGAAGCGAGUUUAUAUUCGCUUUUGAAUUUGUAUUUUCUUUGGUGGCUUCACUCUUGUGUUCAGUGCGCUCCAUCUGAGUAUAAUUUAUUAAUGUAAGGGGCUGUUUCACAAUGUUCAAGUAAAUUUACGAAUGUACUUGUGUAUCUAUAAUGUACUUUCUACUUAUCUACUAUCGAUUAAAGACAUCUUUUGCAUUUCAUAAUGUAUAGACUAUAGAUUGUGUUAUCUAGCAGGCAAGGGCCAUUGAAAUUAUAGGAUGGAUCUAGUAGCAAAUAUCAUAGUUAUCUGCCGGGUACGGGGAUUGACAAGCGUUUGAUAAAAUAAUGUCAAUUUAUACAAUGGUAGGGGAGCCCAUGCCCAAAAGCUAAAUAGUCACUUAAAACUGACUAUCGUGGACACCUAUUGGAUUGGAGGAUUAGGUGCUAAAAAAAAUAUAUGAUAUGUACCUACCUACCCUGUCACUACCCGUUAACAACAAUUUAAAAAACAGUCACAAAGAAAUACUCAAGCGCUUCAGAUAUUAAUAGUGUAUUCUGAUUACGGAAAAAUAUUAAUCUGCCGGUUUGCAUGGUGGGCCAUACGAAGGGGUAGAAAAUAGGAUAAAAAAACUUAUAAAGCGCGUCAUUGAGAUGAGAUAUUAAGUGAACCCUAUUUAUUGUAGCUCCUAUUCAUAAUACUGAUUUGGAUGUGACCAAAAGUGAUGAACGAUUUUUGAAAAUGAAAAAAAAAAAAGUGACCAUGAAAUACUCAAGUGCGUCAGAUUAUUAUACCUACAGACGCUUCACCUUAAUGUCCUUGUCGUGCUGAUCCAUAAUCUGAUAAUUAUGUGGAGGAAUUCUGACGGUUUUUAAAUUUUUGGUUUGAAACUUGACUUUCCGAUUUCCUUAUGUAGGGCACAAAUUGCUAGAUUAUUGAAAUUCACCCUUUACUGCAUAUAAUUAACGUACCACAAUCUGACGCGCUCCAGUUGUUCUCCCGAUCGAUUUUUUUUACUAAUCUGAUCGGCUGCUCUAGACGUUCGACCCUAUAAACAGGGCUCAGGUAUGAUGGGAGUACUUCACAAGGUGCAAGUUUGUCUCUCUUAUGUUAUUCUGACGCACUCGAAUAAAUCCCAAAAUUCCCGCUUGACUUAUGGACAAUUAUAAAAGGCUCAUGACAAUUAUUACCUAUUUAGUUGAAAUUCUCAAAUUUCGUUGCACGAAAGCGGAAUACAAUUAUGUGAUGAUUUAUUUUACCUAUUGUGAAAAUAGUGGUAGAAGUAGGUAUUAUUUAGUUAUACAAAUUGGUCGCGCGGGUAAUCUAAAAGAUUAUUUUGAGUGGACUGUAUGGAAAAAAAAGGUAGCGGGGUUCGUCUCCUAGUAAUACCAAUUAGCUCAAUGCAGUAAAAUUCCAGGGACUAACCUUGAUAUCUUCUGCAGGCCUCGCCAGGACGUCCUUCUCUUUAUUACACCACAGACACAGCUUAUUUUCAAAUUAAUGUAAAUUAUGAAGAGCUCAAAAUAUUAAAUAAAAAGUUUAUAAUAUGAGGUAGCGGCGCGGGCGCGUAUCGAACGCACGUUUUGAAAAAUGCGGGGGUCGACGUAUACUCUUCACGGUCGCUUCGCGGAUAAUGCCGCGAUCCAAGUUAUCCCUUUCAUUCUAUGUAAUGAAGCUAAUUGGCGCAACCAUCCCCCCAGCCUUAGGGUGUACCCUAAAGGAAAGGAUGUAAAAGGAAAGGAAAUGUGAAACGCGAAAAAGAGAGGAAAAAAAAAUAAUGAUACAAAAAUUGAACAAAAAAAAUAAAAAAAAUUGCAUCACGCCCGCUUAAAAAAAAAAGAAAACUGUAAAAUAUGAAAUGCCAUUAUGCUUGUGUUACGUUAUUUCGUAUUUUCAUUUUCACAGUUUUUUUCAUAUCGUCUAUCGGAACUAUUAAGUGCGAGGUUGCCAGACUAAGCUGCCAGAUAAGUCAUAUAUUAGAGUAAUUAAAUAUAGCUGUGAAGUGAUUGUGAAACGCAAUCUGUUUUAUCUGGAAUUUUUACUUUGUACAUUGUUAAACAGCCCCUAAGAGCAUUUAAAAUAUUAUGUUCGCUUAAACUGCAUUUAAUUAUUUAUAUCUACUUUGUUUAAGGAUUUCAACAUGUUAUUUAUUCUCAUUGUUAUGUAGGAAUAUCUCUAUCACAUUUGAGAAUCUCUCAUUAAUGUGAUUUACGUUAGUGUUUUUUAAUUAUUUCUCGCUUUUCAAGUUACUUUUAUAACUUAUAUUAGAAAUGUUACCUACAUUAAAGUCUAUAACUAUUGCUGUUUCUAGUCAAAACAUGUAUAGGUUUAAUUUUUAUCUAGCAAUUAUUAUGCAUCAACGCAUAUUGUACUGUACAGUGCAGUAGCCAUUGAAAUCUCUGGUAGGCAUAAGCCUAUACCAGGGGUGGGACAGACGCCUUAAAGUGACAUUUUCAGAAGACUGUAGUGCCAUCUGUUCAUUGGCCCGAAAAUGAAAGCCUUGUCAGCUGUCUCUCGCUGUGAAACCUUUCAACUUUUCUUUGUUUGUGUCACUGCCUACUGGUCAUAAAAUGGCGGCUACUUCUAGCGUUUGCGCAUGUAUGUAGCUCUCGUGUUCCAAUUUGCAUAUUUAUACUACUAAAUCUAUUCUUUAUGUUCUAUGUUGUGACAAAAUUAAAUAACUAACUCUACGCGCAAUUUCAACAUGGUAAAAAUUGCAAUACCUACAAAAGUAGAGUUAGUUAUUUAAUUGCGUCACAACAUUAAAAAUUAAUUUUAUAAUUUCGAGCUUAUAUAUAGUUAUUUUCGGGGCCAAUCUCCAGAUGGCGCUAGUUUUCAAAUAGCUCAUAAUGCGUAGAGAGGGUUCUCUUUUCCCUAUAUAUUAUUAUACUCUUUGGCUUAUACCAUGAGCAAGUAAGAUUUUCUAGGCCGUUGCUUUUCUAAAACUUGUUUCAGUGAUGAGAAUUAAAUUGAGUUAGCCAACCUAGUAUUAAAAAAUAAUUGUUUGUUUAUAAAUAAGCAUUUUAUU